AUGGAAGGAGCCAAAGCUCAUCUUCGAGAGCACGGAUGGGUCAAGAUUCCAUCCAUCCUUACCAAAGAUGAGGCAGCUCACGCGCUUGGGCGGCUAUGGGAAGCAAAGAAAACAUCAGAGGCUAGCGGCGAGGAAACAUUCCAACCCAUUUUGGACCCUAAUCCUUCUAAUGUGCGGGUGUUUUAUCUUCCAGAGCUCGAUGAGUACUUCCGCGACAUGCUUACGCAUCCCACCGCCAUAGAGUUGACAAAGUCCCUACUCGGCGAAAAGUUUCUCGUCAGUAAUUUCUCGGCCAACAUCGCGCGCCCCGGAUCAGAGAGCAUGGCACUGCAUUCAGAUCAGAGCAUUGUCCUUCCCGAGCCCUGGCUGGAUGUCUGGGCUGUUAACGUCAUCUGGUGUUUGACAAAGGUCACUAAAGAAAACGGCGCAACAUUAUACAUCCCCGGGUCUAACAAGUGGACUCGGUGGCAGGAUAUUCCCGAAAACGCACCAGAACUUCUGGUACCAUUCGAAGCAGAUGCCGGUGAUAUAAUUGUCCUAGAUGGCCGCCUGUGGCACACAUCAGGCAGCAACACGACAAAGAAUGAGGACCGUGCUAUUCUUUUUGCGUAUUACUCCGCUCCUUAUAUGCGUCCACUGGUCAACUGGACUGCCAAAUUGCCCAGCAAGUUGCAGCAGACCCUGAGCCCGGAACUGAAGGAGUUGUUUGGCCUGGGGCAUAUUGGCUAUGUUGUCAAAGGCGACUUAACAUACAUGGCCGCAAAGUACCCUGGAAAGUUCAAUGGAGGACCUGCGAGCACUUGA